AUGGAGAAAACAGCAAGAAAAAAAAAACAGAGAAAGAAGAAAGAUUUCAUUGUUCUUCUGCGAGAAAACUUCCAAGCAUCAAUGGCGUUGAGUAGUCUCUGGACUCUUCUGCUCAUAUGUCUUACCGCACUUGUCCCCGAUCCUGUUUCAGUCGCAGCACGUCGGUUGUCGGAGAUUCCCGAGCCGGAAGUUCCCAAGUUUCCGGAGAUUCCCAAACCGGAACUUCCCAAGGUACCGGAAUUUCCUAAACCGGAAGUGCCGAAGUUGCCGGAGAUUCAGAAACCGGAAGUUCCAAAAUUGCCGGAGAUUCCAAAACCAGAACUUCCCAAACCGGAACUGCCGAAGUUGCCGGAAAUUCAGAAACCAGAACUUCCCAAGGUACCGGAACUUCCCAAACCGGAAGUUCCGAAAUUGCCGGAGAUUCAGAAACCAGAACUUCCCAAGGUUCCGAAACACGAAGUUCCGAACUUGCCGCAGAUUCAGAAACCAGAACUGCCGAAGGUGCCGGAACUUAUCAAACCGGAAGUUCCAAAAUUGCCGGAGAUUCAGAAACCAGAACUUCCAAAGGUACCGGACCUUCCGAAACACGAAGUUCCGAAGUUGCCGGAGAUUCAGAAACCAGAACUACCCAAGAUGCCGGAACUUCCCAAGUUCGAUGCUCCCAACUUGCCGGAAAUCCCGCAACAUGAGAUCCCGAAAGUACCGGAGAUUCCCAAGUUGCCGGAACUUCCAAAACCGGAAGUACCCAAAUUGCCGGAGAUUUCGAAGAUUCCUGAGAUCCCAAAGCCCGAGAAUCUUCCGAAGGAAGGCCCAAGUCCUUAAAAGCCCAGCAUUAGAAGCCUAAGUUACCAUAUUACCCUUAUAGUUUCUGUUUAUCUACGGAUAUUACCCUAGUAUGUUCCCUGUUGUAUUGUAUUUCUUGGGUCUUCUUCCAUUUGUAAACUUGUAUUUUGUUUGUAUCUUUAAAUUAAAAUACAAUAUAUUUUGUGUGUUGUAUAA